AUGGCUCCACUGAAUUCAGAAAAUCAGCCUUUCCGAGGAAAACUCGUCAGCUCAGCCCAUACAGAACAAAAACGAACCGAACCUGCAUUUAGUGCCAACCCUGUUUUCGAUUACAUUGCUGGAAAGCCUCCCUUGGGCGCAGAGGUUGUGUUUACCCCAGAGGAGCCUGUGAGCGGGCGUUACUUGUCCCUUCAGAGUUUAGAUCUCGACCCUGCGAAUGUGUUAACCAUUUGCCACGUGGAAAUUCUGGAACAACAAAGAGAACCUGUUAUGAGGAACUGCCAGGACGUACUGGACAAACUUAGCAACGUGAGCGGCGUCUACACCGUCUACCCGAAGGAGUGCUGCCCCGUCAGCGUCUACUGCGACAUGGACACCGACGGGGGCGGCUGGACGGUCAUCCAGCAACGUCGGGACGCCCUUCCUCGGGAGGAUUUCUACCGCCCUUGGAGCGACUACGCCCUUGGGUUCGGACACUCGCCUUGCGGGGAGUUCUGGCUCGGCCUCGAGCACAUCCACGCCCUCGCCGACCAGAGGCCCAACGAGCUCAGGAUCGACCUGGAGGACCUCGAGGGCAAAACCCGCUCCAAGUACAGAACCUUCUACGUUGGCGACCGGGACGACCUGUACGCGCUGGGCAUUUCCAGGUAUGAGGGGAACGCCGGGGACGCCAUGGCAGUGCACGAUGGGGAAAAGAUUCUCUACAAGGAUUAUGACAACGAUAAAAAGCCUCGCAGCCAUUGCGCGCAAAUGAGUGAAGGCGGUUGGUGGUACAGUAGCCCUUGUCACUAUGCUAAUCUCAACGGCAAAUACCUGAGUGGUUCUCACAAGAGCGUUGGUAAUGGUAUCAACUGGUACCAGUGGCAUGGCAAUUACUAUUCACUGAAGUCUUCUACGAUGAUGAUCAGACCGGGUCCCUGA